AUGCUACAAAGCUGCAUUAUUGGCACCAAGGGGGGCAAUUCGACUAUUCACCAAAGGACAAGUCCCGUGCGAUGGAGGACCACCACGGCAAAAGGAGAACUUCCCACCUGGUCUCCCAGUGGUAUCCUAUCCUACAUGACCAACACCGUGACUGACGAUAAUCUGGAUCUCAGCAUUCACUUCCAGAUAGAAUUCAUGCUCCAAGGUAUCGACGCAAUAUCACCAAGAGAGGAAAAUGAAUACCGAACCCAACCGCCCCUCCGCCAAAAGACACCCAUCACCCUCCUAACGGACAUAUUCCCAACAGCAUGGUACGCGCUGGACUGCGCGGGCUUCCAAUCCGGCGACACGGUGGCCAUCUUCGGCGCGGGCCCCGUAGGCCUCCUAUGCGCCUACGCGGCACUCUUCCGCGGCGCCAGCCGCGUCUACUCAAUCGACUACAUCCUGGCGCGAGAGCCCCGCGGCGUGCGCCGCAGCUGCGACUGCGUCGGCCUCGAGGCCGAGGAGAGCGUCGUCCUGAACAACUGCGUCCGGGUCACCGAGCCGACGGGCGGGAUCGGGUUUAUCGGGGAGUAUGUGCCUGCGCCGAAGGGGCCGGCGCCCGGGGUGCCGUUGGCGAAUGCCGCCGAGGGGGUGUUUCCGGUGCUGGUGGGCGAGUUGUGGGUGAAGGCGCUGAGUUUGAAGGGUGGUGGGGCGGAGAUUCAUAGCUUGCAGCCGUUUUUGAGGGAUUUGGUGGAGAGUGGGAAGGUUAAGCCGAGUUUUGUCGUCGAUGAGGUGUUGGAUGGUUUGGAGGAUGUGCCGGAGGCGUAUCGCAGGUUUGAGAAGAGGGAGUUUGUGAAGGCGGUGGUGCAGUUGGGGAAGGGGAAGGGGGUUUAG